ACUCACUUGGACCUGGUGCACGUUGGGCCGGAUGACUGGAUGAUGGAGCCUGCUCUGCAUUCCAAGCGACCUUGGCGAGCUGUGCUUGCUCGUCGGAGAUGGAGGAUCGGGUACAAUGCGGGCGGCGGUCCGGAUUACAAGCAGACGACGGCAGUGAACCCGCAGUUUCACAUUCAAAUACCGCGGUCGGGCCACACCAAGUGCCACAUGGUGGUGUCCGUGACGCAGGAGUACAAGACCCAGCUGUGCCACUCGAUGCGAGGCGGUCUUUUGGACGGCAAAAAGCUUCACCGGCACGACCUCGGCUUUUCCCACGCGCCGAGUGAAAACCUUCAGGCCAUUGGUUUCGCCGUCUACGAAGUGCCAGCCAACAUGACCCGACUGACGACCGGCUUUUGCGUCGAACAAGAACCGAUCGACGUGACGACGCAUUCAGUGGCCCGGGAAACGGCCACGUUUUUCACUCUGCCGCCAGGAAACUACAUUGUGGUGCCGCAAACGGCGCAGCCCAAUUCCGAGUCCCGCUUCCUGCUGCGUAUCUUCACCGACAAGCAGACCAACAUCUGGGAGGUCAACGAGGACAACAUGAUCUUCCGGCCCGUCAGCAUGACCCACUUUGAUGAUCACCAGGUCCUGGAUCCUCAGGCCGAGGGCCGCAACGUGCUGAACAAGGUAUUAUUCAAAUAUUGCUCGGAAAUUGAUGCCCAGGCUCUGAUGAAAAUUUUCAAGUCGCACUGGAAAACCUUUUUGCUGGAAAAACCGAAUCUGGAGCUUUGCAAAAGCUUGAUAAUGCUGCGGGAUUACAACAUCAGUGGACGCGUGAUGUUGAAGGAUAUUCCGCCGCUCCUACAGACAUUGCAGUACUGGAGGGCUGCAUUCCUCAAGUUUGAAAGCCCGAAAAACAGCUGCAAGGCGUUGAGCUACCAUUUACGGCCGCUGCUGUGGGAGGCCGGUUUGACCGUGUCCAACAAAGUGCUGGAGUGUCUGGUGCUGCGUUUCGCUUUGAGGGCGUCGCAGGCCAUAUCGGCCACGUCUUUCUUGUUGGCUGUCAUACGACUGCACUUGGCGCACGAUGAUUUUAAUGACUAUAUACUCAUGAAAGUGCGACGGUUGUGGAAUCAGGACGAAUGCUUUAAGCCGUUACCAAGAAUCGUGAAGAAAACUGGAGGAAGAGUUGUCCGUUUUGCUGUUCAGAACGACAAUACGUUAUUGCGAAGUUUACCCGUGAUAAUUUGUUCGAGAGCUGGUUCCGGAAACAGCAUGUCCGAAUUAGAUCAUGAAGAGAUUCGAAGGAGACGUUUGGCCCGUUUGAUGGCGAGUGAAUCACCUGCGUCUCAGCAAUCUUCAUCGGGUCCGGUCCCGAAUGCCUCACAAGCUGAAGAUGCCUCUUCCUCCUCCAUUGCGUCAGACUCGAAGGAUGAAGCUAUAGGCACGGACCAAUCGACUGAGGAUUCUUCAGAAGCUGUCUCUGACAUGAGUCAAGCCGCAGCAGAAACAUACAACCGACUCAUGGAGCCAGAACCUGCUGUAAAUCAGGAAACUCCGGCUGUGAAUUCCCAAAAUGAAAAGCCUGGCUCUCAUGACAUGGAUUUCAGUCAGGAUUCUGCCGUCGAUUGCAGUAUUCAAACGUCAAUAGACGGAGAUGCAAUGGAUCUCGAUGAUGGGAAUGCGCAAGGAACGGACAAAUCUUCAGUUAUGAGAAAAGACGCGAGCAACUUGGUGAAGGACGUUCUAAAUUUGUUGGAACCUGAUGCGAAUAUGGAAACCAUGGAAAUUGAUGAUUCUCAUGGGCCAGUUCUUAUUCAAAGUGAACUGAGCCCUCAAAACUUAUUGGAUAUAAUUUGUGGAACUUUUCGCGUCGCCAUUUCCCCGUCAGCCGCAGCCAAAGCGAAUAGCUCGGGGACUGGCAAAGGAAUUCCCGGUUUUAUAAAACCACUGCCGUUGUCACCAGUGGUGUAUAUCUCGACUGUCGCUAAUUUCCUCCAAGAAUAUGUCGAGAGCAAGAAAUCUCAGUCUUCAAACUCAUUUGUGAUGAAUCCUGAGGAUCUAGUCCAGGAAGUUAUGGUUGGAGUUCUUGAGUGGAUUUCUGGUAUCGGCGAUGCAGUUUCUUCGAUCGGAUCUGCAUCAGAUUCAGAAGAAGCCACCUUUGUUCCUGAAAAAUUGUGGAUAAACACGGUUUCUGACGAGGAUUCAGAUUAUGGAGCUCCAAAAGGCCAGUAUCCGGGGGCCUUGAAAUUACUACCGGAAGCCCAGCAUUUGGAACCGGAACUCGAUUACCACUGCCGCGUUUUGCAAUAUAUUAUGCAAACCUAUGCAAUUGCGCAUUCGGAGGAACAUGCCAGAACUACUAAAAGUCCCGUUAAAGAACUUUUCCAGUAUAUCAAGCAACUGUGCAUACGAUACAGUGGCCUGUUGCUGACCGGGGCGCAGCCGUUUUCUCAGAACAAAAAGACUGCAAAAGAGCGUAGCCCACAUUUGCUGCUAAGCUUUUUUAUCAAAGACCGACUGCCUCAGUCAUAUCUUCACGAUCUUGUGUGCAGUUCUAAGGGAAAACCAAAAACACUCAAGGCCUUAAUUCAACCACUCCUACUUGGAGUGUACGACAUGGCGAGACGGACAACUUUGUCGAAUGAAAAUUGCCGGAUUCCGAUCCAGAUUCUGGCUUUCUUCUGCGAUAACGAUUCGCCGCACGGUUUUGGUCAGAUAUUCGUGCAACAAAUUGCUCAGACGGAAAUGUGGUUACCCAAGCCAUUGCUCUCUGGGUGCUAUGGACGGGAAGUUGUGACGCUUUCGUAUCUUGGACCGUUUUUAUCAUUGUCCCCAUAUUUACCGGAUGAUCCAAUGAUAUCGAAGCGAUAUUUCGAAAAUGCUGUUUCGGGAUCGGAAGAGUGUAAAUUCUCCCAAAAUGCACUUCGAGCGACGAUUUAUGAUAUCCGAAAAUCCACCUACGAAGUUCUUCGAGCAAUGGCAAUCGUGUCGGAGUCUCGUGAGCUGUUCCUGCGUUACGUGGCUGCCGUUGUGCGUGCCAACGAACGCCGUUGUCAGAUGCAAUUCGAUGAGCAGAAGCUAUCUUCAGACGGUGCUCUCCUCAACUUCCUGGCCGCGCUUCAGCCCUUCGCGUCGAAAGUCAGAUUACCCAAGAUAAAUGCCGCGUAUCCGCACGCGUUCCAGACUCUCGUGAACGUUCAAUUCCUUGCCAAGAUCGGCAUGGAUGCGGGCAAAUACGCUGCUUAUCGGGAAAUGCUGGCUUGCGGACUGCCGGAAACGAGUACUUCUUCCGGUGGGGUCGUGGAUUUGAAGAGCCAGUCUUUGGCUGCUGUACAGCGGGCUUCGAGGCGAACUGGUGAACCGGAAGCUCCGCCUGUAGCCGGCGCGAAGGCUGUGUUGACUUACAGUGAAAUCAACUUUUCCACGCACGUUUGGUUCCUCGCCAUUCAUGCGCAUCACAUCGCGCUCUUACCUGCCAUACGGUAUUACCUGAAGACGUUCAGGAACUUACGAAACUACUUCAGGCUCGUGGAAGAGCUGACAUCCACGCAAGACGAGUGGAAGAAUACGGCGGCCGCCCGCAGGAACACGAACCUUCUGAAUUCAUACCAAAUGCAUAUCAAAAGACUGGCAAGAACAAGAAUGUGCGCAGAAGUGUCGAUCCUGGACGAAAACUUUUUGACUCAAUGCCUCAUGUUCUACGAAAAGCUUUGCGAGUUCAUGGUGGACUUGGCUUGGGACUCUCAUCAAGAUUGCGGUUGUUUGUGGUACGAGGACAAGUUGAUGCAGUGUGGGCGGUUGAAUUGUGCUCCGUUGGCGUUGGCUUCAUUGCCCGAGUUUUACGUGGAAGAUGUUGCGGAGUUUUUGUUGUUUCUGGCGAAUUGGAAGCAAAAUCUAUUGUUGAGUCAGAUCCCGAAUGUGAACAACUUCUUGCUGUUGUUCAUCUUCCGGUCGAAGUGGGUGAGUAACCCGUACUUGGUUGCGAAGCUGAUCGAGGUGCUGUUCGUGGCUGUGCCAGAGUUGCAGUCCAAUCAGUCGACUCCGACGUACUUUUCUAACGUCGUAUCGUCCAGAGUGGCGAUUGACAAUCUUGGACCUGCUCUGAUGAGCUUUUACACUCAGGUUGAAAGAACUGGAGCGAGUUCUGAAUUCUACGACAAAUUUUCUAUUCGAUACCACAUCAGUGUUAUUCUACGCGCUCUUUGGAGUGAUUCAGAUCACAGGAAAACCAUCGUCGAUUCCUCAAAAUCGAAGGAAUUUGUGAAAUUUGUGAACAUGCUGAUCAACGACACUACCUACUUAUUGGACGAAAGCAUUGCUUGUCUUGGAAGAAUUGCUAAGGUGCAAGGGGUUAUGGAAGGCGAAGGCUGGGCUACGAUGCCUGCAGAUCAGCGCCAAACCCAUGUUCGUCAGUUGUCGACCGACGAACGACAAUGCAAGUCUUACCUGACGCUGGCACGAGAGACUGUGGAUCUAUUCCAGUGUCUCACACAGUGGAUUAAAGAGCCUUUUUUGCGUCCCGAGGUUGUGGAUCGAUUGGCCGCCAUGUUGAACUUCAACAUAUCCCAGUUAUGCGCGAAAGGGAGAUUCCUGCAAGUCAAGAACCCGAAGAAGUAUUCCUGGGAUCCGGUUCAACUCACGGCACAAUUGAUGAGUAUUUACACGGCAUUGGAAUCGGAAGCAUUUGCCGUUGCUAUUGCGAGUGAUGAGAGGUCUUUCAACCGAGAUUUGAUGAUGAUGUUGGCGAGGGAAAUGUCGAAGAUGAGGUCGGACUGCCCAGAGACGCUGUUCGCAUUCAAACGCUUGGUAACGAACGCGCACUCUGUUUGGCUAAAAAGGAUGAAAUUGGAGCUUGAUCUCAGCGAUGCACCUGAUGAGUUCAGAGAUCCUGUGAUGGAUACUAUUAUGGAAGACCCCGUUGAGCUUCCCACGUCGGGUAAAAUUAUGGACCGGUCUACGAUUGUGCGCCAUUUGCUCAACUCUGCGACUGAUCCGUUCAAUCGGCAGCACCUGACGGAAUGUAUGCUUGUACCGGUCCCAGCGCUGAAGGACUCGAUCCGAGAAUGGAUUGAAACAAAACGCAGUGCGCUGGAAAAGCCGAAGGACUCGGAACGCGAUUCCAUGCCGCCAUUGGACGAUUCUGCUGAGAAAUCAGACAGUGUCGCCUCACAUUGCCAACCAGAACCAGUCGCUGACCCCGUGUCAACACAGGAAGUGGCUCCAGCAUCAGAUGACGCUAUGGAUACAAGUGGUGUUCUAGAGGAAGGCUCCCAUGAAUGAAAACGUUUCAAUGUGUUUUAUUUUCCCCGUGUAUCGAUGUUUGCAUUGUGUUUUCAAGAUUGUUUUCCCUACUUGUGCUACCACGGAACGUUUUGCGUUGCAGGUUUUUCUUUUUUGCUGAUGCAACAUGUGUUCUUUAUUGUAUACCGUCUGAUCGUGCGUUGGAGUUCGGGAUGCUUUGAGGUCAUCUGGGUAGAAACCGGUAGAGAAGUCCGUAUGAUGGGCUAGAAGUGCAAUUCUUUCUGCAGAGUGCAUCGAGACGUAGGUUUUGUAUGAAAACUGCUGCGUCCGUUUGAAAUUUAGACCUGAGCGUUCAGCAUUGAUUCUUCGAUAUUUUUUUGCAUUCAAUAAAAAAUAAGGUUCAGUAUAACGUGGAUGAGUUUUUCUCAAAAACUGGAAAAACAGUGUUCCGCGCUAAUUUCCGAGUUUCGCCUGCUGACCUGUAUUUACUCGAGCCUGUACGAUUUUUUUGGCGGUCGAUGGAAGAUUAUCAUCCUUUCUUUCCAUUCGAUGAAAGCGAUCUUCCGAUAAAAUCCAUUUGAAAGUCAGGAACGUCGAUUCACACGUCUUUUUGUCGUCGACUACGUCAUGCUUGUCUUCAGUGUCGUUUGGGGUGAUCUGUCAAAAGCUGCGCUUGUGUUUCAGUGCACUGUGAGGAACUCUUGAAAUGUGGUAGCUCUUGUGGGAAACAUCUUAAUCGACCGACUGUUCCUGCGUGAUGUCAGUGCUGGGGUGGGUGUAUCGUGAUUCACGGAAAUGGUGAACCGUCAAGAAAGUUCCCGUGAUAAGAUUGUGACGGAAGAGGUGGUUGAUGGGAGAAGAACUAGUGUGGAUUUUUAUUAAGAAGUAUUCGGCCCUCCUUUUUUUGAUUUGCGGUUCUCGUGACCUGAAUGCGUGAAUGUGUGCGAUUUUUUUUUCGUGUGUAAAAUAAUAAAGUGAUGGGGCGCCCCAAAGUUUUCAGCGAUUUCUGUCAUUUUGACUAGUGGAACGCGGCAGGUUUUCAUCCGAUUUUUUUUUUCAAGUGGAAGGGAUGGAUGUGACCGUGUAUUGAAUUGAUACAGUGCAAACAGGAAAUAAACGUUUUUUAAUUAA